UGGAGGUUCCGAGAGCCCGCGGCCCUGGAGUCCUGAGAGCGCGGGGAAGGCGGCGGGAGGGUCCGGCGACCGCGCGUGAUCCUGCUUCUCUCAGCAGCCUACUGUGGACAUGUGCAAGAGCCCCACCCUUUAGUCCAGAUGACGCUAGUACCAAUGGCUUCAGUGAUGGCAGUGUCUGAACCAAAAUGGGUCUCGGUCGGGGGCCGCUUCUUGUGGGUGACGCUGCUGAGCAUGGUGCUGGGGUCUUUGCUGGCCCUGCUGCUGCCUCUGAGUGCCAUGGAGGAGCAGUGUUUGGCAGUGCUCAAAGGCUUCUACCUGCUCAGGAGCAAACUGGACAGAGUGCAGCAUGCUGUCACCAAGUGUACCAGUCCAUCCACGGAGGUCAGUGUCACCUCCAGGGACGCUGCACUGCUACUGGUCAAGACCAAGGCCUCUCCAGCUGGUAAGUUAGAAGCCAAAGCAGCUCUGAACCAAGCACUAGAGAUGAAGCGCCAGGGUAAGCGGGAGAAAGCCCAGAAGCUCUUCCUGCACGCCCUCAAGAUGGACCCGGAUUUCGUGGAUGCACUCAAUGAGUUCGGCAUCUUCUCCGAAGAAGACAAGGACAUCAUCCAGGCAGAUUACUUGUACACCAGAGCGCUGACCAUCUCACCCUACCACAAAAAAGCACUAGUCAACCGGGAUCGGACGCUGCCACUUGUGGAGGAGAUUGACCAGAGAUACUUUAGCAUCAUUGAUAGCAAAGUGAAAAAGGUCAUGUCCAUCCCCAAGGGGAACUCGGCACUGCGUAGAGUCAUGGAGGAGACCUACUACCAUCACAUCUACCACACAGUUGCCAUUGAGGGCAAUACCCUCACUCUCUCAGAAAUUAGGCACAUCCUGGAGACCCGCUAUGCCGUGCCAGGGAAGAGCCUGGAGGAGCAGAACGAGGUCAUCGGCAUGCAUGAGGCCAUGAAGUACAUCAACACAACCCUGGUGUCCCGCAUUGGGUCCGUCACCAUCAUCGAUGUGCUGGAGAUCCAUAGGCGGGUGCUAGGCUAUGUGGAUCCAGUGGAAGCCGGUAGGUUCCGGACGACACAGGUGCUGGUAGGACACCACAUCCCUCCCCACCCUCAGGAUGUGGAAAAGCAGAUGCAGGAGUUCGUGCAGUGGCUCAACUCUGAGGAUGCCAUGAACCUGCACCCAGUUGAGUUUGCAGCCUUAGCGCAUUACAAACUCGUUUACAUCCACCCUUUCAUUGAUGGCAACGGGAGGACGUCCCGCCUGCUGAUGAACCUGAUCCUGAUGCAGGCAGGCUACCCGCCCAUCACCAUCCGCAAGGAGCAGAGAUCUGAAUACUACCAUGUGCUUGAAGUUGCCAAUGAAGGUGACGUGAGGCCUUUCAUUCGCUUCAUUGCCAAGUGUACUGAGACUACCCUGGAUACCCUGCUUUUUGCCACAACUGAGUACUCGGUGGCCCUGCCAGAAGCCAAACCCAACCAUUCUGGGUUCAAGGAGACGCUUCCUGUGAAGCCCUAACCUUAUAAAUUCUCCCUUGAAGACAAGUGCUGUCCUGGGG